AUGGUAAAACGUGAAAAACGAAAAUAUCGUUGUCGAAUUCGAAGUCCAGAAACGAUUAUGCGUUCAAAAAAAAUGCGACGAAAUAAGGCAAAUGCCCGAGAAAGGAAACGAAUGCACAAUUUGAACUAUGCACUUGACGAAUUACGGCGUACCUUACCGCAUUAUACUGAUGAACCAAAAUUGACAAAAAUUGAGACACUUCGAUUAGCCUACAAUUACAUCUACAGUUUAGCGCAGAUGUUGAAUUCGAGUACUGGCAAUGCUGGUGAAAAUUACUAUAACACCGAUGAGUCAUGCGAUACAGCCGAAUACUGUAAUGGCGACGAUUUGAUUUCAUACAGUUGCCAGCGGUCUGUAACGUUAGAACGUCAAACUCCUUCAUGA